AUGGAAAUUAUGCGGAAUGGUUACUGCGCUAUAAAAUCAGCUAUUUUAGCAGUAAUCGAAUGGCGUUCCGCUGCUUCUGCACCAUAUUUUAUGUUUAUUAAUAGUGCUUUUUGGUGGAGUGUUUUUUAUUUGGAUAAAGGAACACAACUACGAUUAUUGAUCUCAUUUGCUGCAGGUGUCUUCAGUUGGGAUAUUUUAUUAUCCUCAACUUAUGAUCGAAGUAUUUUGUGCCAUAUCUUAACAUGGCCUAUACGAAGUGUAUUGAGGACGGCAAGCGUAGUAAUGGCAUUGUACAGUGCAAAGUUCCUUUAUUUGACCGAAUUUGAAAAAGCAUGUUGGAGUGCAUAUAGUGCAGUUGGAUUAUUAAUGAUAAACCCGGUAUGGCUAUACUAUCAAAUACCACAAAAGAUCAACGAAUGUUUAUAUACAGUGUGCAUAACAACGAAAUAUAUUGCUGAGAUAACUAUCAUUUCUCCUUUCUGUAAAUUUUAUAGAAUUCUUGAUUAUAUCAUCAGAUUAAAAUGGCUGAUAGCAAUACUAGAAAAAAUCAUGGAAGAAUUACUGAGGAUAAAAGCAACAGUAAGAAGUAUCUAUGUUGCAACAAUUACUAAGUUAUGCGUUGGAAAAAAUGCUGUGCUAAAUGUUACAAUUUCAACCUUAUUCAAUCUUAAGAAUUUCAUAUUAUGCACAGUUUACGAAUUUAGAAUGGCAGUUAUAAAUGGAAUAGUAUUUCUGGUAAUGACUACAAGGAAUGGAAUAUUAAAUGCAAUAAUGAGUACAAGGAAUGGAAUAGUUUUCAUAAUAACAUUUCUCAAAGAUGGAAUAUUUUUUGGAUAUUUGACACUUAAAAAUGGUUUAAUUGGCAUGAUUCUACGAUUAAAGCACUGUUUAAAUGUGGCAUUUAUUAGAUCAAAAGAUGCAUUAUAUUAUACUAUUAUUGCUAUAAAAAAUUAUAUUCAUUAUACAUUUGUCACUGUUCAAAAUUCAAUUUUGAAUUUUUUUUCUGCUCUUAUAAGAUGGAUAAAAACGAAAAUUGUUAAACCAAUACGGAAUGCUUGUCGUGCAAUUAUUCAAUUUCUACAAUAUUGGCUGUUUGCUCAUUGGUGGCCUAGUCUUAAGUCUUGGUUUAUUCUAAAUAUUACACUUCGGCUACAAUUACUUUUUAACUAUUUCUGCUUUGGUCUUGUAUAUAUUUUUCAUGGCUAUUGGUUUAAUCCAUUUAUUGUUUUUCUUUCAAGAUAUUUCAAAUGUUUUUAUAAUUUUUUUCAACAGUCUAUCUUGAAUCCAGUUAAAAUAUGGAUUAAACACCAAAUUGAUAAAGUUUUGGUAUAUAUAAAACGAUUGUUGCGUACUUUAGCGAUAAGAGUGCGCGACAGUAUAUUAUGGCCUUUCUUUGUAUUACUUAUUUCAUUAAUGCAUAAGGUCUGCGCACAACUUUAUCGAAUUUUACUGCAGCCGGUAAUUGAUAUUCUAUAUGAGAAAUAUAAAGUAUGCGAGGACUACUUAUUAAUUUAUUGUUUAGGUCCGGUUUGCCAAGUUGUUGUCAAUCAUAUUCCUGAAAGAUCGCCAUUUUGCGAUGAUACAGAUACUGAAUUAGCGGAUUUGCUACCACCUGGUUUCAGUAAUGAAGAAGAAUCUGACAUUGAAGAAGCCUCCGACAAACCUUCGUUACCAAGUCGAUCUCUUAGUCCUUUCACAGAAGAUGAACGUGAUUUUGUUCGUGGUUUGAAAUUCCCGAACUUAGAUAGUUCAGACUCAAGCGAAGCUGAAUUCGCACUGAGAACGAAGUCAAAUUCUCAGAAAUCGUUGAGAAAAAGACCAAAGAUCCAUCCAAAAGAUCCAGCACCAUCGACUUGCAGUGAUAAGUUAAUUUCAAGAGCACAUAAAACACAGAACGAUGAAAAUAAAUAUAAGCGUUCAUCGUCAACAAGUAGUCAUUCUGAAAGUAUGCCUUCAUCGUCUGCUCAGAAUGCAUCAGAUGAUGCGAAUCUUCAAAACUUAGAUGCAUUUGAUUUUGAAUCGGAGAGUUGUCCGGGAGCAGAAUUUCAGAGAGAUACUGUGGAAAUUCAAAAAUUGGAAGAUUCCAAUGAUGAAAGAUCAAAUGAUAGAAAGCAAAAUAUGGAUCAGAAGAAAAUGGGAGAAAUUGAAGUUUGCUGUGCAGAACAAAUGAGCUUAGCAACAGUUUUUAAGGAUGAUAGCUUCGAAAUUCUCGAUAAAUAA